GUGCAGGCAGCCAGACGACCUUUCUCCAUGAGGAGCAGUGGAAGAUGCCGGCUCUGCCAGCGCUGCUGCUGUCGAUUCACCUCCUCUUCCUCCUCCUGCUGUUGCUGCUGCUGACCAUGGCCCCGUCCUCUCACAGCCAGGCGCCCGCUCUCGCAGCUGUCAGGAUGGCUGCUAUUUUGGAUGAUCAGUCAGCAUGUGGACGCGGCGAGCGGUUGGCAUUGGCUCUGGCCCGAGAGAACAUCAACAGUGAGAUGGAGGGUUCGUCACGAGCCCGCGUUGAGGUCGACAUCUUUGAGCUGCAGAGAGACUCUCAAUACGAGACUACAGACACAAUGUGUCAGAUCUUGCCAAAGGGAGUGGUGUCUGUCAUUGGUCCUGCCUCUAGUCCUGCUUCUGGAUCCACUGUCAGUCAUAUAUGUGGGGAAAAAGAGAUCCCUCACAUCAAGAUCGGUCCAGAGGAGACUCCACGCUUGCCAUAUUUGCGCUUUGCCUCAGUGACGCUGUAUCCUAGCAACGAGGACUUAAGCUUGGCGAUCGGUGCCAUUCUGCACUCUUUCAGUUACCCAACGGCCAGUCUGAUCUGUGCCAAAGCAGAGUGCCUGCUGCGAUUGGAGGAGCUUGUGCGUCACUUCCUCAUAUCCCGGGAAACACUCUCAGUCAGAAUGCUCGAUGAAAACUUGGACCCCACCCCCCUGCUCAAGGAAAUCCGUGAUGACAAAGUUGCGACUAUUAUCAUUGAUGCUAAUGCAUCAGUGUCUAUACUAAUAUUAAAGAAGGCCUCAGAAUUAGGCAUGACAUCAGCCUUCUACAAGUAUAUUCUCACCACAAUGGAUUUCCCUUUGUUGAGGUUGGAUGACGUGGUAGAUGAUCAGUCAAAUAUCGUUGGUUUCUCCAUGUUGAACAGCAGUCAUCCGUUUUACCUGGAGUUCAUUAGAAGUCUAAACCUGUCAUGGAGGGAAGGUUGUGACCUCAGUCCCUACCCUGGUCCAGCGUUGUCAUCUGCGCUGAUGUUCGAUGCAGUUCAUGUGGUGGUCGGAGCAGUGCGAGAGCUGAACCGCAGUCAGGAGAUCGGAGUGAAGCCUCUGAGUUGCACUUCCUCGCUCAUCUGGCAGCACGGCACCAGUCUCAUGAACUACCUGCGCAUGGUAGAGUACGAUGGCCUAACAGGCCGCGUGGAGUUUAACAGCAAAGGCCAGAGGACCAAUUACACGCUGCGUAUUCUUGAGAAAUUCAGGGGGGGUCACAAAGAGAUUGGUGUCUGGUACUCCAAUAACACGUUGGCUAUGAACUCCACAUCUUUGGACAUCAACGCAUCUGUGACGUUAGCCAAUAAGACACUCACAGUCACCACAAUACUGGAGAAUCCAUACGUGAUGCGCAAGGCAAACUACCAGAAUCUUCAUGGUAAUGAUCAGUAUGAGGGAUUCUGUGUGGAUAUGUUACGGGAGCUGGCAGACAUACUGAAGUUUUCGUUCCGGAUCAAGCUGGUGGAUGACGGCCUGUAUGGAGCUCCGGAACCAAAUGGGUCAUGGACUGGCAUGGUGGGGGAAUUAAUCAACAGGAAAGCAGAUCUGGCAGUGGCUGGAUUUACAAUCACAUCAGAGAGGGAAAAGGUCAUAGAUUUCUCCAAACCUUUCAUGAACCUUGGAAUCAGUAUCCUGUACCGCGUCCACAUAGGCAGGAAGCCAGGUUAUUUCUCCUUCUUGGAUCCGUUUUCGCCAGCUGUCUGGCUCUUUAUGCUUUUAGCCUAUCUGGCUGUUAGCUGUGUACUCUUCCUGGCUGCCAGGCUGAGUCCAUAUGAGUGGUACAACCCCUUCCCGUGUUGGCGGGACCGCAAGGACCUCCUGGAGAAUCAGUACACGCUAGGGAACAGCCUGUGGUUUCCGAUCGGUGGUUUCAUGCAGCAGGGCUCAGAGAUCAUGCCCCGGGCCCUGUCCACACGCUGUGUCAGUGGUGUUUGGUGGGCAUUCACGCUGAUCAUCAUUUCCUCCUACACGGCAAACCUUGCAGCUUUUCUGACGGUCCAGAGAAUGGAGGUGCCAAUCGAAUCUGCUGAUGACUUGGCAGAUCAGACGAACAUCCAGUACGGGACUAUUCAAGGAGGAAGUACUAUGACCUUCUUCAUGAACUCGCGCUAUCAGACGUACCAGCGCAUGUGGAAUUACAUGUACUCCAAGCAGCCUAGUGUGUUCGUGAAGAGCACGGAGGAGGGCAUAGCACGGGUUUUAAACUCCAAAUACGCCUUUCUUCUGGAGAGCACUAUGAACGAGUACUACCGACGCCUCAACUGCAACCUCACACAGAUAGGAGGCCUGUUGGACACCAAGGGCUAUGGCAUCGGCAUGCCUCUGGGUUCACCAUUCAGAGAUGAGAUCACAUUAGGUGUGCUGCAGCUCCAAGAAAACAACAGAUUAGAAAUCCUAAAGCGUCGUUGGUGGGAUGGGGGAAAGUGUCUUAAAGAAGAAGACCAUCGAGCCAAAGGUCUAGGUAUGGAGAAUAUCGGCGGGAUAUUCGUGGUGCUGAUUUGUGGGCUCAUAAUAGCUGUUUUUGUAGCCAUUAUGGAGUUUGUGUGGUCCACGCGCCGGUCAGCCGAGACAGAUGAGGUACGCCCCCACUCCCGUACUGGGUACUGCCCUGCCCGAAACCACAGACAUGCACGAGUGUCAGUAUGUCAGGAAAUGAUGACCGAAUUCAGGAACGUCAUCUCCUGUAAAAAGAACUCUCGUUCGCGGCGGCGGCGACCCCUCUCGUCCCAGGGUGUUCUUCGGCACCCAGCACGUCUCCCUUUAGGAGUUCCCCGGCCCGUACGCCUUGUGCGGGAGAUGCGUCUUAGCAACGGCAAGCUCUACAGUGGGACGGGGCCGUUAACCGGUGCUGCAGCGGGACCAGGACCCGGUGGGGGUGCCGCGGAAAUGGGCCCGGGGCCUCAGCGACUGCUGGAGGACCCUCUCAGUGCCAGUGUCCCGAGCAGCACACCGGCUCUGCUCCCCACAGCGGCGCCCCGCGGCUGCACACACGUACGGGUGUGCCAGGAGUGCCGGCGGAUCCAGAGCCUUCGCUCCACGUCCUCUUGUUCGCGCAUCUCGCCACUGGCCUCCGCCACGUCAUCUCUCCCGCGUUUGCCGCCGCCACCGCCCACCUCCAAUACAAACACCGACAGUGAGAGUAGCCCACGCAGGGCCAAACCCACACCCCCUCCGAGACCAAUCCCGCCCACUAAAACCCCCUCCACUGAUCUCCUCUGCAAGCAGGACUGAGGCCGCCCUUUCAUCUGGACAGUAAAUUAAUGUAAAUGAGUGCUGGAGGACAGAUGGAAUGACUCUGUCCACAUCUCCAGUCAAAGUGACCUCUGGGAUACUGCAAAUAAAGGCAAUUUUUGGAUGCAAAAUUACAUUAAUGGACACUGAGAGUGAGAGAUGAUUCAGCCAACCGCUUCCUGUCCAAGUGUUUGGUUUAACGCCACGUCAUUCAGUGGAGGUUUGGCACGCUGUUGAGACUACAUAAUGCAUAUCCCGUGGAAGUAUGCUAUGCAACAUGUCAUAAAGGGAAACACGGAAGGAAACUAUAAGGACGACUAUCAGUUUCGCGUUGAAGUACGAAUCUUCUCCAUGAUUUGUGUACUCCUGUGAGAGGACGAUGGAGUCUGUUCCUAAAAUGUGUGCACGUUGAACUGAACGGACUUUGGUGCAAUUCUUUUCUUUCUUUCCUUAAACAAGGGGGAAGGGUUACAAUUAAUUUUUAAUCCUGGAUGUCACUUGGUUGUUUUCCUUUCUAGCUUGUUCUUUGGUUUCGUUCUUUUAAAAUACCUGUUUUUUCCCUCUUGUUAAUUACCCUGAGGACAAAGUAUAGAUUUUUUAGGGGAAGUUUUAUGGUUCUUCAACCUCUAAGAUUACUCACCUGGUUUCAAUCUCUUAUCUUCUGUUUUAUUUAAUUAAAACACCAGCUGUUAAAGGUUAAAAUCAACAUGAAACGGAAUUUAAAAAAGUUUACUAGGAUAUUCAAGAAUGAAAAUGUAGAGUGGGACUUGAUUUAUUCAUCAGGAAUUGAUCGGAUCGCGCAAAGUGAGCGUUCCAGACCUGAAUGUCAGUGGAAUGUCAAGGUCGAGUUCAUCCUUGAGACCAUCGCAGCAAAUCCCGGUCUUUUCAAAUCUAUUAUAAUUUAAUAUGUUUGCCAUAACUUUUAUUGUAUUAACAUAACCCAGGAUUCAUUUACUGUGUUGGCAAGAUUUUAGAAAGGCUGCAUUAUUGUACCUAAUAAAGUAGUCUACAAUAAUGCCAAUUUGACUAUUAGUUAACAUUAACUAAUGGCAUGCACAGAUGCUGUCAGCCAAUCAGGAAAGUCUUUUUAGAAGUGGGAAAGUUACAUUUUUAUGAAACGUUAUAGUAUUCAAGCACUUUCCCCCCCCCUUUGGAGUAACGUGCACUGGUGAAUCGUUCACAAUAAGACCAAGAAUUAGUUUUGAUUUUAUGUAGAUUUUAACAAGCUGUCUAUCAAUAUUUGCAACUCGUAAGUACACAGAGAAAUACUUCUCAUCCCCGGAACAACAAGACGAGACAAAACCACCUUUGUGAACCUGAAGGGGUAUUUAUCUGAUUAUGUGAGAGGACAAUUAAUGAUGUUUUUCAUUAUAUAACUAAAUGAGCCUCUGUCAUGAAUGGUUUGUUGAAGUGCACUAGAAGUUGCUGUCUGGGUGCUUGUGAGAUGCCAAUAUCCAUUUAUAUCCAAAGUGUAAACAUAGCAGCCCUGUUUAGAAUCUGCAGCGUUCUAGCGUUCGUGUGUGCGCGCGCGCGUGCGUCAAAGAGAGAUGGAAAUGUAAUCGUCAUUUUUUAAUUCAAAGCUGAUUCUUUUUUUAUUUCUCAUUCAUUUUCAAAGAUUUCUAUACCAGUGCUUGACGAAUCACACCCACAAUUAAGAAAAUGAGGCAAAUGAUUCAGAUUAUAUUGUUAUUAAUAUUCCAAUAAAACUGUGGGGUUAUGUAGGAGGGCUGUGUUACCCUCUUUCGUUAAAUAUAUAGACACAUGUUUUGAAUAAAACAGAGUGAUUGAAACUGUGA